AUGCAGGAGCGUUUAUUUGUAGAUCCUAAAUCAUUUUGGGGAUUCAUUCGAAGUAAACUUGGUGUCUCUACAAUACCAUAUGAUGUUCAUCUUGGGGAGUCUAAGGCUUCCAGUGAUCAAGUUUCCUCUUUGUUUGCCUCUCACUUCUCAUCUGUGUAUGGUGACCCACGGUUUAUUUCCAAUGAUUUAUCCAAUGAGUUUACAAACCACCAAUUUUCAUUCCUUCCUUCUAAUUUAUCCAUAUCGAUUGAUGAUGUUAAUGCAGCACUUAACUCCCUGGCAAAUGCUCGUGGUUCUGGCCUGGAUGGUAUUUCUGCCAUUCUAUUGUACCGCUGCCGUGCCUCUCUCAGCUUACCGGUCACUUUAAUUUUUAAUCAAUCACUUCUAGAGGGAGUUUUCCCACCUGUGUUGAAAAUAAGUCGAGUUACAUCAAUAUUAAAGUCUGGUAGUCCUGCUGAUGUUGCCAACUAUAGACCCAUCUCCAGCCUACCUCUCCCAGGCUUGGUGUUGGAGAGCCACUCUUAUCAUGGUUUAGUUCCUACCUUAGUGAGCGUCGACAAUUUGUCAGCCUCUUUGGCAGGUCAUCUGAGCUCUUCCGAGCAUCGUCCGGAGUUCAACAAGAUCACCUAG